UGUCACGUCACUUUACUUCACGUCAUAAAAUACCAAUAAAUAGCUACAUAAUUGCUUCUUUGAACGUUUAAUAUUUUCAAAAUGUCUAAAGUGACUUUCAAGAUUACGCUGACUUCGGAUCCUAAACUUCCCUUUAAAGUAUGCUGAGAAAUUGUGGGUUCUGCGUUGAAGUUACAUUGUUCUGGUGAUGGAACCGAUAGUGGUGCGUCAGUUUCUCGACUUUUUUCAAGACUUCAUAAACUUGUGUCUGAAAAAUGAUUGGCCGAGUGACAAAACAACUCCAGAGGAGAUUAGAAAUGCAUUUUUAAUUUCCCAACAUGUAGAAAAAUGUUUAGAUAAAUUCCAAAAACGAUCUCUUAUUGAUGAAUUGUUAUCUGCAAUAAAUAUUAAACAAAAUACAUCAAGUCUGUUUUUAAAAAACUGUUUCUCUGAUCCACCAAAAUACAUUUUAAAGAAAAUAAUUAAUUCUUCAAUAAUUAUUGACCAAGUUAAUGUUGGUAUCACAAUAUUUCUUGAUCUAUUUUCUGAGCAGAAACUUGAAGAACAUUUGUCCGAUUUAAUGUUGGAGGCUGCAUCAAAGGAGACUCUGCUAAAGAAUCUCAAAACUGAGAUACCGAAUCAUGUUUUAUUAGACUUUAAAAGUAAAUUUCUUCUCUCUGAACUUAAAGAUACAGAAUAUGCAAAGGAAGUAAUCGAUAAUAUUUUAAAUAAUUGUACAGAAAAGGAUAUUGAAAUGUUGAUACAGAGCUUAUUAUGUAAGGAUUUAAAAUAUGCUCAAGGCUUAGAUAGACUUUCUAAGGCAUUUGUAAGUUACAUGUCCAUUAGAAUGGAUUCAAAAAAAAAUUUCUGGAAGUUAUUGUUUAAUGUUAAAGAUGAUAUAUUUUUACAAUUGUGUCUCAAUCAUGGUGAUAUAUUUAAAUUAAUAUCUAAAGCUUUAAUGGACUGUGGUAAAUUGCUUAGAGAGAAUAUGUCAAUGGAGUAUUUUUAUAUUGAACUUACUUCUUCCGAGCUGGAGUCAAUAACACGAAAAAUUUGUAAAGAUGAGAAUUUAAAAUUGGAAUUUUUAGAUAUAGUCUUGGAAAGCAAUGAAGAUUUUACAUUUUGGAAUAAUUUUAUGCCAUAAUUAUGUAAAACUGUAAUUAUAAAUAUA